AUGCCCAAACACCACACUCUAAUCCACCACAUCAACCCUACCAAAAUUCCCACAAAGACGCUCGAAUCCUGGAAAUUGAAAGGAGUAAGAGUAUGCGCAGCCAAUUAUGACGACCCGAGCAGCCUCGAACGUGUCCUCGCUGGUACCGAAGCCACAAACCUGAUAUCAACCUGGGUGUUCGAUCGUCGACACGAGCAAGCAUAG